AUGUCCAACGUCAGUGUUUCCAGAAACACGAGGAUGUCCGACCUCUUGAAUUACCGUCUCAAGAUAACCAUCGUGGAUGGACGGACAUUCGUGGGCCAGCUUUUAGCAUUCGACAAACAUAUGAAUUUAGUGCUAGCAGACACCGAAGAGGCUCGCAUCACAAAGAAAAGCUACCAGGAGUUAGCUAAAAACAAAGUGGGUGGCCAGGUGAAAGUUGCAGAAGAGAAAAGAUUUCUCGGGUUGAUCAUUUUGCGUGGAGAGCAAGUGGUCAACUUGACUAUAAUCAGUGGACCAACCGCAGACAUCAAGAAGAGAUUGACCCAGUUGAAACUGGGCAAGGGAGUUUCAAGACCUUUGAAGGUUCCUGUUAGCCAAAAGUCCAAGGUGAAGGGCCCACAAAGAAGUGUAUAA